AUGACUGGUCAAAAGAUAAAAUUAACAGAUAUGCAUAUUAACACAAUAUUUACCUGGCUAAUAAUCGCACUGCAUGUACCUGGAAUCCUCGGAUCAUGGAGUUAUCAGCCCAACAAAGUAAUCGAAUAUUCUACAACUUGCACAAAAGAUUCUAUGGACAUCUUGAUCACAAUGGACAGUUCAUUCAAUGGAAUUAUUUUUGCAAAAGAUUAUCCAAACGCUUGUCAAGCAAAUGGUACUUCCGACAGCGUGAUCCUUCUAACAUUGCCGACACGAGGAUGUGGAGUUCGUUUGGAACCAGAAUUCGAAAAUGAUAACAGUAAAGGAAGGACGAUAGCUGCGAGCAUUAUUGUCCAAAUGGACGCACGUCUCAGACAGGCUGCCGAUGUGGAAAUUUCGCUAAAAUGCAAAUUGCCCAGCAUAAAUGAUUCCUGGGAAGAAUCGAGUCUAAUUUACAAAGACAAAGCCGUAACGAAUAAACGGACUGGUCGAACAGAACGUUUGUCUAGUCUACCACUUUCUUCGAUGGCUUCAGGGUGGUUAGAACUUUUCGGAAGUGCAGGUACUGAUUACGCGGAAGUUGGACGAAACGCAACAUUGCGCGUGCGAGUCGAAGCUAAUGGACACAUGCAAAAUAUUCCCGUACGUGGCGCCAGAGUUGCAGAUUGCUACGCAUCAGACGGAGCACCUAGAGAAAUUACUCAGUUACUGAUUGAUAGAAGAGGAUGUCCUAUCGAUCCGCUUAUAUUACCACAAUUAGUUCUUGAAGAAAUUUCUACAAAAAAUAAAAAAGGUAAAUUAUCUUGGUCUUUCAUCGCCAACUUUGCAGCUUUCAAGUUUCCUGAUCGGGAAAGAGUCACAAUACGCUGCGAUGUUCAAUUGUGCAACAAGGAGUGCAGACAGUUUGAUUGCAGCAAUGAUGCAUUCCCGGAGAUCGAUUAUAUCGAUAAAAUUGAAGUGUUUAAUAGUUUGCAUGUGGAAGCACCAGAUAUAGAAGAAAAUGAUGCACGAUAUUUUGACGUUGCAGUGCUGCCGCAAAGAAUUCGACAGGAUCCAAUAUUGAUGGUAACGAAAAUACAGAAAAGAAAGCCGCAGGCCGGGACAUUAUGUCUGUCGCCACAAAAAUUGGCAUUAUCUUUCUGUAUAUUGGGAUUAAUAUUUUUAAUCGCCAUAAUAGUCGCCCUGUGUUCAUGGUUUAUAAGAUCUCGCGCUAAAAGACAAUCUCACCGAAGAUUUUCAAACCUUUACGCUUGCAGUAGAAGCGGCUUUUCAAUAGGCGGAAGCAGCACUAAGCUCUUGGUGAAUACACCUGAUGGUUCCUGGCCGUACGGUCGAGUUUUCUAA